CAGCGAGCCGGGCGCAGCUGUCCGGAAUCAUGACUGAAGAUGACGGAUUCCGUGGUGGCGGAGGGUCACGUCAAGUUGAGAGAUGGAAAAAAGGUGCCCGCUCGCGGCGCCAGCCCGCUGCGGGCCGGCGUGGAGGGACCCUCGGCGGCGGCGCCGCCGCGGGAGCCCGCCCGGCCCCGGCUAACACUCUCCUUUUGCCUCUCGUUGCAGUGGAAGAGUAGGUGGCUGGUGCUGCGCAAGCCGUCCCCCGUGGCAGACUGUUUGCUCAUGCUGGUGUACAAGGAUAAAUCUGAACGAGCAAAAGGGCAUAAGGAGAGGAGCAGCGUGACCUUAGAAGACAUCUGUGGCUUGGAUCCUGGGCUCUCCUAUGAGGGCUUGAAUCAUACGCUUGCAAUCAUCUGCCUCUCUCAAGUUGUGAUGCUUGGAUUUGAGAACAAGGAAACAAUGUAUGCGUGGGAUGUACGAAUCCGCUACAGUUUGGGGGAAGUUCAUAGGUUUCAAGUUUUUGUAGCACCUGGUACUAAACUAGAGAGUGGGCCUGCUACGCUGCAUUUCUGCAACGACAUUUUCGUCCUUGUAAAAGACCUUCCUCCUAGCGUCAUGGGGCAGUGGAAGCUCUCGGAUCUGCGGCGAUACGGAGCUGUCCCAAAUGGAUUCAUCUUUGAAGGGGGUACCAGAUGUGGCUUCUGGGCUGGUGUUUUUUUCCUUUCCUGUGCUGAAGGAGAGCAGAUCAGCUUUCUGUUCGACUGCAUUGUCCGUGGCAUCUCCCCGACGAAAGGCCCUUUUGGUCUACGGCCAGUCCUACCAGAUCCAAGUACAAAUCCAGCCUAUUCGGAAGAGAGAUUGGCUCAUGAAGCUUUGCAGUUAGAGAAGCGCUUGAGCCUGCUGUCCCAUACCAGUCGCCAGGGCAGUGGAGGAGAUGAUAGAAGUAUUUCAAGCUCAUCUUCAGAUACCAGCCACUCGGAUGUUAGUGUUGGGAGCAGACUGACCAUUUGGCCUGAACAGUCUUCAGCCAGCACUUCUCAAGAGAGUCACGGACUGGCAGCUGCAAAGGGCAUCCAUCUGGGGGAAGAAAAGACCCACCCAGAAGGGGCACGUGGCCCCUCUAAACCUCCUCCAAAGCCUCUCCGAUCCAGACAGCUGCAGGAAAUUGGACGUCAGAGUUCUUCGGACAGUGGAAUAGCUACUGGUAGUCACUCUUCUUACUCUGGAAGUUUCUCUUCCUAUGCUGGGAGCUUGGACAUUUGCCACGGUGAGGAGUUUGGGUCGUUGCUAAGCCUGCCAUUGAACUUUCCUUCAGAUCAGAAUUUAUGUACUUGUCCUCACAGUGAGCCCCAGAGAGGAGCGGCCUCAGAGUAUCAGGUUCCCAGCUCUCUCAGACAUAUUUAUGAUAUCCCCAGGAGUUUGUUACAGGCAGCUGCCAAAGAUGCGCAGCCGAAGAGCGCCGAUUCCACGCAACCCAAGGACCAGCCCCUGGCACCUCAAGGCAUUAGUGACCCCAAACUGCUGCUGCCGCYCGCGGAAGUGCGAAGGGCACCUGAGCACAGCCAGGACAGAGGGAGGCCUUCAUCCUUGCUCUCUCAAAGCUCCAAGGACUCCAGUGAUGAGACAUAUGUGGAUUUUGUUACGAGGUGGUCAGACACAAAGCCCCAAGGACAGGUGCCCGACUCGAAAAGUAGUGAGUUGGCACCACCUAGUGGAGUCUCAGCUGACCCCUAUGACAUAUGUAGCCCCCACCCUGGGAUGACAAGAGCUCUUUUUUCAGCUUGUCCAGUCUGUGGUGGACUAAAGGGAACAGCAGUUUUACAGUCUGGAGUCUUACCAGCUCUACCAGGUGCUUCUUCUGUCAUGGCAGCUUCUGGGUCUCUGAAAGUGCAUAAAGGGCACCCUCUGCAAGCUGGUCCUAAAGGUGGCUGUGAGGUGCCAACACUUUCUGCAGAACCUGGAACUCCUACUAGCUCUGAGGAAUCUGAAGGUGCAGUAGGUUAUUCAGCUGACGUCCCUGCAUCAGAUCGACCCCACAGCGAGACAGCCACCUAUGUGAAUAUUCCUGUCAGUCCUACAUCCAAAAAACUGCUUCAUUACAUGGAACUGGAACUUCAAGAACCUACCACAAGCAUAAGAGGGAGCGGAUCAUCCCGCUAUGCUCAGAUAGACAUCGCGGCCACGGAGACAGCCCACAAGGUGGGAACGCAGCACGCGCAGUGCCGGGAGGAGCGACUGCAGGAGCUGGAGCAGAAGAAGAGAGGGGCUCAGCAGUGACCUGUCUGCAAAAGAACUCUUUGCUCACUGUAAAUUGGUACUAAUUUAACUUUCAGAAGUUUCGCCUUUAUUAUUAAAAAUAUGCUCAUCCAAAAGCUUUGUACCCAUUGCUUAUUGUAUUUACACCAGAUUCAUUCCAAUAUCUUGAUUCCUAAUUGGAGAGCUGGUAGCAUGAGGGGUGUGUGCGUGUGUGUGCUCCUCUUUUUCUUUUUUAAAUUUGGUUGUAAAGUCCAGAUUAUUUUUUCAUAUCUAAAGGUAUAAGUUACCAUUUUCUAUAGUUCCAAAAUCCUGGAAGAACCUGGAACCAAAUCUAGUGAUUAUUAAACUGAGGCAUUUUCUUUAAAGAUGAAGGAUUUGGAUGCGUGCAGAGAGCAUGCGAAUGUGUGAAUGUGUAUGUAUGUAUCUGUGUG